AUGAGUCCUCGUAUAUGGUCGUGCACCCUCUGCGGGUGGGUCGUUCUCGAUGCAUCAGGCAAUGCAUCUUGGUUGAACCAGUUUCGCGCUCUCUCCAGCAGCCCAAAAGGCGUCAUACUCACGGGUGUUGGCUUAUACGUUGAUCGGGAAAGGGGCGCAUUCAUUGCCCCUGUCGAUUCCAACGGCCGAUGGGAUGACUCUUCCUAUGAGAGCCCCCAUGACGACCAAUUCGGCGCAAUGGGUCAGGGUGAAGUCAACCAGAGACGUGGAUUCGUUUUUCACGAAGCCUGCUGGGAUCUCCUAGAGCAAGCCUUCUAUCCCGGACAGGUGCCACUGAAGAGACUGUUUGGGGUCUGA